AUGAAUGGUAAGAUAAUAGAUCCAGAAACUGGGAAAACUGUUGGUCGAAAUAAAGAAGGAGAGCUAUGCGUUAAAGGUCCAACUAUAACCAAAGGAUAUUACAAAGAUCCAGAAGCAACUGCAAAGGCAAUAAUAGACGGAUGGUUCCAUACUGGAGACAUUGUUAAAGUGGAUGAUGAGAACUGUUUAUGGGUUGUGGGUCGUUCCAAGGAAUUAUUCAAAUACAAAGGAUGGCAGGUUUCACCAAAUGAAUUAGAAGAUGUUUUACGAACACAUCCUGCUGUACAGGCGGUUAGUGUGAUGGGUAAACCCCAUGAAACUGAUGGUGAUCUACCACUUGCGUUUAUUGUGAAAAAGGAAUCAGCGAAAAAUGUUACCGAAGAUGAAAUUAUUAAAUUUGUUGAUAUUGAUUUGAGAAAUUUUCCAAAUAUGGUUUUCAAUAAUCAUACAAAAGAAGUAAUUGCAACCCUUUGA